AUGGAAAAGAAAUAUAAUGCACAAAACGAAACGUCGCAUACACCAAAUAGUGAUAUGGCAUUCGAUUACAGUGAAGACGAUAUGGAGCAAACGAAAAACUUAAAUGACAGUAGCAGUGAUAACACGAUGAGCGAAGAAUUUCCAUUACACAAGAUUGAAACAUUCAUUAAAGAACAAAGUGAUAGUAAUAGUUACAUGAAGGAAUACAAUACUGAUCAGAAACAUACGGUUAUUAAUAACAAUAUCAGUGAAGAACCUUUGCCGUUUGCUGUUGAGACUGCAGAUAAUGUCGGUGAAAACGUAUACAAUUACGAUAACAACAACAAUAACAAUAACAAUCAUAGCGAGAAGGUUGGAUGCGUUUCAAAUAAUUUUUACGAAGAAGAUGUGACACACAGAGUUUCGAAACGACGAAGAUGUGUUCCAAAAGUGUUUACUCCAGAGGACAAGAACAGAAAUAUUUGGUGCCUGUGUCAACAAGGAGAUAAAGGGUUUUAUUUAGUAUGUGACGUUAAAAAGCCGGGAUGCUUAGAAUUCUACCAUCCAGCUUGCGUAGGGUUAAAUAAUUUAAAAUCGAAGGUUGACGGCGAUAAGUACAGCAACUGCUCUGAUGGAAAGUCUUACAUCUGUCCUCUUUGUGCCAGUCAAUUUUCUCGUAAAAAGUGGUACAAUACGGAUGAUUUAUUAUCCAUUUCCAAAAGCUCAUGUGAUAGUGAUGAUGAUGGAAGUAAGAUCGAAGAAGAAGCUGGUAGUUUUCAGGAUGUCAAUCAGUUACAUGAAUUGCAUAACAGCGAAGAGAAUGAUUUAUUCCAUAAAAAUGAGGUAGCUGAUGAUAACGGGUAUGUUUUGUCGACGAUGUUAACGAAAGAUUGCGAAAAUAGAUUCGACAAUAAAUGUAAACAAACCUGCGAUUUCAUCAUUAACCAUUUCACGGAUGCUUAUCCAAGUUUGUCACCGAUUGGGAGUAUUGAAAAAGAUGACAUUUCAGACGAAGACUUUGGUAGCUAUUUCACUGACGAAAGCUUAUAUGGUGAUGAUGUAGCCGAAAUGGGGAAUGACAAUUGCGACAUGGUAAACAAUGAAGACUCUCCUUACGAUUGUGAAGCCGAGAUAAGCAAUAACGGAUCGAAUGAUACAUCAACAAAAUCUGAUUCUGAUAAUUUCGUUAGGAAUGUAGAAGACGCAGAAAGCGACGAUAUUCCUGUGCCACAUGAGACUUUACGUAGGAUGAUGGAUUGCCCAACGUUGCCAACUGGAAAUACAUUUUUCAUAGCUCCCAUUCCUACAUCAGCUUGCUUUCGUCUAACGAAAGAAGAGUGGAACAGAAUACGGCCUAAUAACGAAAAACCAAAUACAUUGAGAUGUCCUUGGACUGAUAUAAUGGCACGAUAUAUGAAGGAAUCCAAUAACUUUUGCACUUUUCACUUUAGACGACAUUACAUUACUAAGGAGAAUUCUAGAAAGCGUAACACGCCUGUUGUAUUUUAUGCAUUUGGUCAUUGCAUAUUUGAAGAUUGUCCUUGUACAUUCCAACUACAAAUGAGGCGUGAAGACCUAGUCACCAAAAAAAUCACCGUUAUUUAUAAAGGUUCCGUGAAACAUUCUGCUGGAGAGAGACAUUCUAGAUUUAUAAAGAGUGAUACUCGAAAAGACAUGUCAAGUAAAUUUCAUAAAGGGGCUGAUAAACCUUCCAAAGUGUAUCAAGAACUAAAGGAUAGUCUGUCCGUUAACGCGAAGGCAUCAGGUAAUAGGACUAGUUGUGGUAAUCAGCCUAGUACGAUGAGGAAAAUCGCAAGCGAAGGACUUCAACAGACACAGCUAGACAAAGAUGUAAUGAAUUCAAUGAAGAAGGUUAUGGAUGAAUUGAUUAAAAAAGAAAAAGAGCGUGCAAUGCCACCAAGAGCUAUAGAAGGAUUUGUUCACACUAUUUCUUUCUUUCCACUUUCGGUUUAUAUGUGGACUGAAGACCAAGUACGACUGUGGCAUCAUUUGUGUGCUAAGGAUAUAGCUUAUUUGGACGCGACAGGAACUAUUGUGAGGGAUUUCAUGGGAAAGAGGGUAUUGUAUUACGCCAUUGUUGUUCGACAUCCCAAAGAAAAAACCCCACCUAUGCCAGUUGCUGAAAUGAUAACGAAUGAUCAUAGCGCUCCCAGUAUCCGCGCGUUUAUUGAGCGAUUUAGGAGAGAUGAGUCUAAAAUAUUUAAAGGAAGGCAACAAAUCCCUCGGCAAAUGAACACAGAUUAUUCAAAAGCGAUAAUAUUAGCCGCGUUGAAAGAAUUUAAUUGCGAAUCUCUUCAAGAUUUUUUAAUCAGAGUUUUUAAAAUAUUGCGAAUGGAAGCUUCGAAUGAAGAUUUUAAGUUCAUGGUACCACAUGUUGGAUGUAGCCAUUUCAUGAGCAUCAUGCAUAGAAAAUUAAAAGCUAUUGUACGUUCUCGUAAGAAAGGGAAUUCAAAUAGAAGUACAAAUACAAAAUGUCAGGAAGAUGAUGUUUGGUAUCGUUUUAACAUGUACUGCGUUUCGUUGUUGGUUAACGCAAGGACACUAGAUGAAUUUGAUUCGAUUCUAGAAGAUGUCGCUACGUGCUUGCUGAACGAACGUCAGAAUAACGACGUUUUAAAAGCUUUUACUAGAUUAUGGGAGAUGAUUCACUAUAUGGAAGACAAGGACAAAGCGUUUAAUGCGGAAGAAGCGUCCAUGCAAGAUGAAAGUAAUAUAGAUGUCGAAGGUACUAAUUUGGAAGACGAAGUGUAUUGUAAUCCUUUCAAUAGAUACUAUGGCAAAUUAAUUGCAACAUAUAAUAAACGUGCUUCAGAUAAUAAUAAUAAGGGGAUGAGUGAAGAUGAUGAUAGUGAUGAAAAUCACUGCGCCGAAAAUCGAAGCUAUUGUCCAGAGUUUUUUGCUUUCUUGGAGUCUUAUUUACCUGAGAUGCCAUUAUGGUCUGGUGUUCUUCUAGGUUCGCUAGAUAGAUACAUAUGCUAUAACCCUUCAGAGUACAACAAUUUGGAUGAUUACCCGUACCUGUCAUUCAAAUCUGCAAACGCUAGAACUGAAGGCUAUAUAGAAGGUAUGAUGAGAAAUUUAAAGCAAGAAGACUUUCCAGGAAGACGACGAUUACGACCAGACGCAUUUGUUCUUGAAAACUAUCCAAGGAUUAGACGAAGAUUGACUGACUUUUCAGACAGAUUCGUUAGCAAGAAAACGAAAAGAAGAAAAAUGCGUACCGGAAAAAUUAAUGAUGAGUCUUCUUCAGUAGAGCAUGUUAAUAAUAAUACUACCAAUGCUUCACAUGAAAGUAAAACUGUAGAAGGUGAACGCAGCUGCAAAAAAACGGAGAAAGUAUCAAAGAAAUUAUAUAAAAGAAAGAAAAUUGACAACGAUAUAGAUUCAGUAAGGCCAGUACCACCUACUCAUGCUAGUAAUGGUUCACACGUAACUAAUAAAGGCAGAAAAAGUUAA